AUGAAGAAGGAGAAGAUCAAGGAGGCUCAGACCACAGGAAACUAUGACGACUAUGAUGAGGAGAUCCAAGAAGAUAUCACCAAGGAGGAGUGCAUGAGGCUUCUCAUGGCUGAGAAAGAAGAAUGCUCCACCUUGGGCGGUGAACAUCGAAGCUACGGAUGCAUGUUGUAUCAGGUUACCUCGAAGGAUGCCUGCACUCAGGCAGGUGCCAAGUGGUUCCCUUCGGCGCACAGUAAGUCCAAGUGUGAAGUGCCCGGCUACGCAUGGAAGAAGAUGAGCUCCGGUGGCUUCUACAGCGGCACCAUGGCAUGCUGCAUUCAGUUGCGCGGAAGCAAGUCGGAAGGCCGUUGUGAGAUGUUCACCCAGGAUGAGAACAGCACCAGCUGCGAGCACUGUGGUGGUACCUGGAUGUCGAUCUUCCGUUUCCGCUCCCAUGGACGUUGGGUGGAAGGUUCCUGGCAGAAGAACUACAAGUGGACGGCGCGUGCCUUUGAACCCUCCAACAAAUGGGUCACGCGCAUUGCCUUUGAGAAGGUCACCGAUGUGUGGCAAAAUCUCAUUGCUGCGAUCCGCGCCGUGCCGGCAGUGAACUUUGUGACGUGCCGCAUCGGCCCGACCCUGGAUACCCUGGUCGCGAUCGCCAAACAGACCGCUGCACAGAGUACCUUGGGGACGGUGCCACUGUUGCCAGCCACGGCAUCGGCCACACAAGUGGGUGAUUAUGUCAUCGAACCUUCUGACAACAGUGUCACAGGCACGACUGAGAUCGAUGUCCAAGUGAACCUGCUUAGCUCCGGUGCUGUGGUGGCAGAGAAUGCGAAGGGGAACAGCACCAAUACCACCGGCGGCAACCGGCGAAUGCGAAGGAAACGAAGGCUUGCUGGCACUGGUUUGUCAGACACCUUGACAGCCUCCUGCUACACUGUGGUGGUGAAUGCUGGGCGCUACAUUGGACAACUCGUUGGCGAUUGUAUCAUCUUCAGUCCAUCCACAGCAUUGGACAAUCCGGUGAAAGUCUGCUUGCCGACAAACCCUCAGAUCCCUGUGUAUGGCGCCUUCAACCUGGACUGCCUCGUCACAGUGAGCAGCGGAGUCUACUCGGUCGCCCCGAUGACGGUGACCAAGAGUACGGACGGCCUGAGCACAUGUGCCCAAUUGAGCGCCCCAGGAACCUAUUGCCCAGGAAAAAUCUUCGGCACCGGCGAGCCGGACCGCUCCGCACCGUCCGGCUGCGGCUCGGUGACGGCCAUCAGCGGCACCGUCGUCACGCAGGCGGCAGUUCUGAAGGCUGCAGGUCCUGUGAGCCUGUCAGGUCUGGUAAAGAUUGGUGAGACAGUGUCCUCUGAUGGCUUCGCGCCCCAAGCGGUCUACAUCAGCUCAUCCGGCACUGUGCAGAGUGUGGAGGACUUUGCUGAAACCGCCCAACAAAUCACUGGAACCAAUGCGGGCGGCGCCAGCACGACAGUGGCCACCACGACAGUGGCCACCACCGCUGGCAGCAGCACCACGGACGAGAGCGCUGAAACCACGGAAGGCGAAGGAACCACGAGUCUGGACGGUCGGGAGUCUUCGAGCACCAUCAAGUUGUCCUCGAACUCCUGCCUUCCUGCGUCAAUGGCAGUUGCAGCUGCAUUGCUGCAACUGGUCAUGUGA